AUGAGACAUAUGUUUAUCAUUAUUGAUAUGUCUGUUUCUAUGGAUGACCAGGACCUUAAACCUACAAGACUUAUAGCUUCUUUAAAGCUACUAGAACGUUUUAUAGAAGAAUAUUUUGAUCAGAAUCCAAUCAGUCAACUGGGUAUUAUAGUUACGAAGAAUAAAAGAGCUGAAAAGGUGACCGAACUUGGAGGUAAUCCUAGACGACAUAUAGCAGCUAUACAGAAACUAAAAGAGAGGGUGUGUCAGGGUGAACCUUCGCUACAAAAUUCCCUAGAGUUGGCCAUACAGACUCUCAGGCAUAUGCCGAGCCAUGCCAGUAGAGAAGUGUUGGUACUAUUUGCUAGUUUAACAACAUGUGAUCCUGGUGAUAUCCUAGAAACAUUAAGGUUGUUAAAGGAGACAAAUGUGAGAUGUUCCAUGAUAGGUCUGGCAGCAGAGGUUAGAAUCUGUAAAAAGCUUUGUACAGACACAAAUGGUAAAUACACUGUCAUUUUGGAUGAAAGUCAUUUCAAAGAUCUACUUAAUCAACACACCAGUCCCCCACCUGCAAUGAUGAACACAGAGUCAUCACUAAUCAGGAUGGGGUUUCCACAUCAUCACCUCGGUGGAGAGAGGUCUGGCGAUAAACCCUCCAUGUGUAUGUGUCAUUUAGACAGUAAAUCUGUUGAGGGGUUCAGUACCACUGGAUAUUUCUGCCCUCAGUGUAAGAGUAAAUAUUGUGAACUACCAGUAGAAUGUAAGGCGUGUGGUCUUACACUUGUGUCAGCACCUCAUCUAGCAAGAUCCUACCAUCAUCUCUUUCCACUUGACCAGUCAUUAGAAAUUCCAGUCACAGAUUUUGAUCCUGGGCAAAACAUAUACUGCUAUGCAUGUCAGAUUCAGAUACAGGACCAAACUGUGUACCAGUGUAGAAAGUGCAAGCGUAUAUUCUGUAUUGACUGUGAUUAUUUGGUGCACGAGACUCUUCACUCCUGCCCGGCGAUGUGCAAGCUCUUCGUAAAACCAGACUGCAGAAGCUGUCUUUGUUGA